CAACUCGUUAAUGGCAUCACACGUGAGAAGUAAGCAGCUGUUUUUCCAGGAUUGGAAGAAGAAAAAGAACGGAUGUUUGGUUGUAGCCGCAGGUGUAUCUUCCUCUCCAGUUACAGAGCUGAUCAAUUGCUCAAAUUUGUGAAUCCAUGUGUGAACUCGGAGCUACCUAAUUACCUUCAGGGACAGUGUUGUUAUUAUAGUAUGAGCUAUAAUAAGAAGAUGACGGGGCCAAAAGUUCGUUUGGAAGGAUUUGACUGCGGUAAUAAGCAAAAGACGGUCACUCGUCUGUGGAGACCAAUUUCUACUUUGUCCAAUUCUAUGGAUGAUGGAGGUCGACUUCGAGAAGCACAGUGUAGUGCAUCGAGCUCCAUGUCAGAUUCUCAACAAGUGACAAAGGUUGUUGAAGCUGUUACGGAAAUAAUUGACUCAACUAUCAGUUUAAGCGAGCUGGGUGAUCGCAUUGAUGACAGAUCUUUAAAAGAAGAGUCUAUCAUUUCUCCUGAAAAGCAUUCACUUACAAUUGAGGUGGGUGCUUCUCUAAUUCGGUUUAUCAAAGGAAAAGGAGGAUCUAGACAAGUAAAAUUUGAAGAGGAGAUGGGGGUUAAGAUUACCCUUCCAUCAUCAAAGGAGGAUGAAUCUGUUAUCAUUGAAGGCCACUCAAUUGAUAGCUUAACCAGAGCAUCUGAAAAAAUACAAGCUAUUAUAGAUGAGGCAGUUAAGAGCCCGAAUCUUGACUAUUCUCACUUCAUAUCUCUUCCAUUGGCUUUACACCCAGAAUUGGUUGAUAGGCUAAUCAACUUUCAGAACUCCAUAUUGAAAGAAGGAGUGGAGAGUAAUUCCAAUGAAGAUACAACUGACAAUGAAAAAAAGGACCAAGAAUCAAGCAAGGGGAAUGAUGUGGCAGUUGAACUUAAAGUUGAAGAUGACAGACUUGUGAAAGUGGAUCUGACUAGUAUACCUAUGGUUAGUUAUGCACCUAAAGCAUCAAGGUCACCUACUUUAUCUGAAUUGGGAAUAGACAGAUCCAUAUUCAUCAACCCUAAAACAUUCCACUUAACUGUGCUGAUGUUGAAGCUUUGGAAUAAAGAGCGAGUUAAUGCAGCUUCAGAGGUUUUGAAGAGUGUAUCAAUGAAAGUGAUGGAAGCCCUGGAUAAUCGACCUCUUACGGUCAGGCUCAAGGGGCUGGAUUGCAUGAGAGGUCCCUUAUCAAAAGCUCGUGUGAUUUAUGCUACUGUGGAAGAAAUUGGGAGUGAAGACAGACUUUUAAAAGCUUGUCAGGUCAUCAUUGAUGCAUUCAUUGAGGCGGGACUUGUUCUAGAAAAAGAUGCUAAACAAAAGUUAAAGUUACACGCCACACUGAUGAAUGCAAGGCAUAGGAAAGGGAAGUUCAGGAAACAGAAUGAUUCCUUCGAUGCAAGAGGUAUAUUCAAACAAUUUGGAUCCAAGGAAUGGGGGGAGUAUCCUAUUGGCGAAGUUCACCUUUCACAGCGUUUUGUAUAUGAUAAGAACGGAUAUUAUCAUUGCUGCGCUUCAAUACCUUUUCCCGAUAACUCGCGAGCAGAUUGAUUCACAAUUUAGGUUUCACACUUCAACUUGAGUACAUAACUAGAAAAAUUACUCAAAUGGAACUUGUAAAUCCUUAUGCAUCUCCAACAUUUUUAAAAAGACUUAAUUGCUGCUAUAGUAUGCAUGCUUGCAACUAGCUUUUGUUUUCUGCA